AUCACAGUCGUAUGUGUGUUCGUCGACCAGCAAACAAGCCAUGCUGCUGGUGAUCAUAGUCUUAAAAAUAUUUCAAAACGGAUAAAUAGAGGAUGCUAUUCGCGUGAGAACGCGUAUUAAAAAAUAUUCGAUUCGAUAAAUUCGAUUUAGAUUCAAUUUAAAUUCAAUUUAUUAUAAAAUUUUCAUAUACUACUUUUCUCUCUCUUUCUCUGGCUCUUCCUUUCUCUCUCAUUUUUUUUUCUCCCCGUCAUCUCAAAUAAACAUGCGAGCUAUUUACAAAUUUAUCCUCCUUAUUUCUUGUUGUUCUUUGAUUUGCCAUGCCGAGGAUUCUAAAGUCAACGCGAAAGAAGCGAAACAAAUCGCCGCCGGUGAAAAACGCCUUGGAGAUCAUAUUCGUGCGAUCUUGAAACAUUAUCAACAAUAUGAUCCAGUUGGUUUACCCGGUGUUCCAAUACCCGAUCCCAUGCCAGUACCAGAUAUGAAACAUUCUUUUUCCAUGUAUACAAUGAAUUUCAAAGAGAUCAACGUUUAUGGAUUAUCCAAAUUUCGUAUUGAACAUAUCAAAUCUGAAUUGGCACUGAUGCAGGUUUCGGCAGCAUUGAGUAUUACAAGACUCGAUAUUCGUGGAUUAUAUACCCUUGCAUCUUGGCUUUCAAGAUCAGCCGGCAAUUUUACUGUAAUAUUAACAGGAGUUAACGUCGAAGGCGUUGCAAGAUUGGAAGUUGGAGUUGAUGGUAAAUUACAAGCACAGAACAUCGACAUGGAUUUAACUUUCGAGAACAUUGAUAUGGAUUUCAAGAAUCUUGGCUUUUUGGGAUCCGUUUUUCAAGGUGUUAUCAAUUCUGUUGGCGCUUUUAUAUUCGACAGUAUUAAACCAUUCAUUUUAAAGGAAGUUAACACCAAUAUGAGAGGCGAGGUAAACAAGCAAAUAUCUCAGUUACCGCAGUAUUUCCCAAAUUCUAUAUCACCGUUCGAUAUGGCAGUAGCCGAGGGUCGUAGACAAGUUUCACAAAUGGGUUACGAUCCAUUUAAGGUAAAGGAUUAUAGCCAAAACGUUGGUAUUUUUACUGUGACAUCAUCGCACACUUGGAUCACCGGAUUGGGAAGUUUCUAUCGUAUGGGUAACAUCACGCUUACCAUGGAAAAUGGCACGGUAUAUGCAGUUUUGGAUAUUGGAACACAAGAGAUCGAGGGAAGAACGCAUUGGGAAGUAAGCGUAAUUGGUGGCGUCCUGUCGAGAGCAGGUACAGUGUCCUUCACCGUUCAAUACUUCAGAGUUCAACUGAAUUUAAGUCAACCACUUGAUACGCGUAAACGACCAACAUUGGAAGAACUAGAUUUGGAAUUGGGUAAUAUACAAGCGCGAAUACACGGUGCCGGUACUCUUGAUUAUGUUAUGGAAGCGAGCAUCAAUAUAAUUCCAAAUCUUUUGAGGUAUCAAAUAAUGGAUGCGAUCGAAGGACCUCUCAAGAAACGAAUACAAGAAGAAUUAAAUAAAAUAGACGUCGAGAAACUUAUUAAUGAGAAAAUACCAGAAAUAGAGGAACAAGCCAGGCUAAUGCAAGGAUUAUCUCCAUCCGAUGAAAUUAUCUUGGAGGAUCCUGUACCUCCACAAAUACCAGACGAUUUAACUCCGUUCUCUGAAAGCGAAGAGGAACGAGGGCCUUCGUAAAUAUCUAACGUAAAUACAAACAGAGAAAAAGCCAAAGAAAAAGAGAGAAAAAGAGAGAGAAUAUAUAUAUAUUUUCUUUUUUUUUGGGGGUGGGGGGAAGAAACUACGAACUUCAUAAGAAAAAAAAAAAAAAAAAAAAAAAAAAGAACAUAACACACUUGAUGUCUACAUUUUGCGAUUAAUAUAAAUUUUGUUUUUCUAAUCAGACGUGGCUUUUCGCCAGACAAUUUUAUUCUCUAUGUGCUGCAAUACAUACAAGUCUAUGCAAUCGGUACAUAAUGUAAGUCUAUGUAACAAGUACGGGAAAUGAUUAAAAUAAAACAUCCAAGUGUGAUUCAACUAACGAAUUAUCCGAGGAUGUGAUGUAACAUACUCUGCUUGUAGAUAAAUUAUAUACGAGUAACGUAGUUACGUAAGGGGAAAAUCAAAUUUGGUAUGUGAUGUUAAUUGUCAAUAAAAAUUAACAUUAUCAAGAUA